UACCAUUUAUUAUCAUUUUAGUUCAAAUUAAAUAUUCAAAAAUGAAAUUCGUCAUCGUUGCUUUGGCCCUGGUCACCCUGGCUGCCGCCAGACCCCAAGACGAUAAGUACACCACCAAGUACGAUAGCAUCGAUAUCGAUGAGAUUCUCAAGUCGGACCGUCUCUUCAAGAACUACUACAACUGCCUGAUGGAUACCGGAGCCUGUACUCCAGAGGGCAAUGAGCUGAAGCGUGUCCUGCCCGAUGCUCUGGAAAACGAUUGCUCCAAGUGUAGCGAGAAGCAGAAUGAGUCCAGCACCAAGACUAUCAAGUUCCUGACCGAGAACCGUCCGGAGGAAUGGAAGGCCCUGAAGGCCAAGUACGACCCAGAGAACAAGUACGUCGAGAAGAACGUGGCCAAGGCCGAAAAGGAUGGAAUCAAGCUGUAAAUGGGAAUUAUGCUCCGCUUGAGCCUGAACUGCAACGAUGGGAAUUCGACCUAACGCAAUGAUCGUUGAU